AUGUCAACUCAAAAUUACAAAUUCGAGGGAUGGGUAGGCCACGACCCUUCAUCUGCAGAGGGCAAGAUGGUCUGGACCGAAUUUGAACCCAAGAGAUGGGAAGAGACGGAUAUCGAUAUCAAAAUAACCCACAGUGGAAUGUGUGGGAGCGAUAUUCAUACCUUGCGGUCUGGGUGGUACCCAGCACCUUAUCCAAUCAUUGUUGGCCAUGAAAUCGUGGGCGAAGUGGUCCGAGUCGGCUCCAAAGCCGUCGGCAACCAUCGCGUUGGCGACCGUGUCGGCGUGGGCUGCCUGACAGACAACUGCGAAGGCCUCCCAGGCAAGCCCAAAUGCGACGCCUGUGUGGCUGGAGAGGAGCAAUUCUGUCCCAAAGCCCGCUGGACGUACCCUGGCCCUCACCACAACGGAGACAAAGGCUAUGGUGGCUACGCGACGUACCACCGGUGCCCUGGGCGCUUUGCGUUCAAGAUCCCCGACGCGCUGGAAUCUGGCCAAGCGGCUACCAUGAUGUGCGCCGGCAUCACCAUGUUCUCACCACUGAAGCUGUGGGGCUGUGGUCCGGGAAAGAAGGUCGGCAUUAUUGGCUUGGGGGGACUGGGCCAUUAUGGUGUCCUGUUUGCCAAGGCCAUGGGCGCCGACCAGGUGAUUGCCAUUUCCAGGAGGGAGAGUAAACGCCAGCAGGCUCUACAGCUGGGCGCUGACGACUACUUGGCCACCGAGGAGGGAGAUAAAGGGUGGUUCAAAAAGUAUUACGGACAACUCGACUUGUUGAUAUCGACAGUCGCGUCCUCCAAGUCCCCCAUGAAAGGCUAUCUGGCACUGCUAAAGCCAAAGGGCACUCUUGUUCAUGUCGGUAACCCAGACGACGGCCAGUUCGUCAUCCCCCCGACACCUCUCAUCAUGAAGUCGGCCAAUUUUGCUGGAUCGACCAUCGGCUCCGCGGGAGAGGUUAGAGAGAUGCUCCAACUGGCCGCCGACAAGAAGAUACAGGCUUGGGUUGAGCAGAGGCCCAUGAAGGAGGCAAAUCAGGCCCUCAAAGAUAUGGAGACGGGUAAACCGAGAUAUAGAUAUUGCUUGGUCAACGAGGCAGGUUCCAAGUUAUAG